ACCACGAAUACCAAUUACAAAGUCAAUGCUGUGUUUUGAAGCAUCACGUAUGCAAUAUAUCAGCAGUAGCUGAUAUAUUUCUUUUUAAUUAGUUUUCAUUGUUUAUAAAAAUAAAACUAAAAAAUAUUAUUAUCAUAUCACUUAAGCAGUUAUUACGCUAAAAUCCAUUUUAAUUUUCAUAAUUUUUGUGUUGUGCUUCAUUUUAAAAUAUUAUGCAGUAAUCAAUUUUUUUUUGAUAUUUCAGUGUUUUUAAUUCGAUUUCUAUUUUUACAUAAAUUCGUUGUAACUAGUCAAAAUUAUGAGUGAAACGCGUUUAGAAGACCUUUUCCAUGAAUGCGAUAGAAGCGGUGAAGGUAGGAUAGGUCCUCAGGAGUUUCAAGAACUUUGCGAAAAGUUUGAAAUCAGUGAAAGCGAUGCUGAAGUUAUAUUCAUGGACUUAGAUAGAGAUGGUGACGGUCAAAUUUGCUUAGAAGACUUUGCUUGGGGUUUUCGGGACUUUUUAGACCAGCCUAAUAAGUCUCCAAGACCACAGUCAAAGAAUACACACGGAACUCGUAGAGGUUCUCGAGCUGCUUGGUCACACUUCGUUUCUACUAUAGGAGAACCAGCUGUUCAGAAAUUGUUUCAAACUAGUGGUAAAAAGUUAGCUGAUCUGUACUUAGAAAUUCAAAACUGCAGUCCUUCGUCAGACCUGAUUACUCAAUUCGAAGGUGCUCUAAGUUCAUUGAUGGAAGAUGUAAAACGGUUGCACGAAGAUAAUGAAAAACUUGAAGAUAUGUUUAACAAAGAACGCCAAUCACAUCUAUUGAGGCUUCGAGGGUUAGAAGAAGAAAUUGAUGCGCAAGUUGCUAAAGUCGAAGCUCAAGCUAGAGACGAAGCUAGAGAGAAAUUUGAGUUUGAGAAAAAAGAACUGAUGAAAAAGAUGGAAGCCGAAACAAUUGAGCUGAAAACACACCUGAAACUUUUCCAAAAAGUUAACACAGUAUUAAGUCAGAAAAAAGGAGACAAAACUGAAAUGGAUGAGACCAUAGAGGAAUCACGAGAACUAAGGCGGAAAUUAAUAGAUACACAGACUAAUCUUGCAAUAGUGAGAUCGGAAAUGGAGAAACUUCGCAAUGAAUACGAGACUAAAUGUCAGCAAUUCAAUAAAAUUUAUGUGAGCAAUUAUGACGAGGAAAGUGGUGCUCAGUACACCAUUAAACGGCUGAUGGACGAUAUUGGUAAUAGCGGUCAUUCUACUCUUUUAGAUGUAAGAGAAAGAGACUUGGCUGAUGAUAUGUCAAAUGCAUCAAGUAUCAUAGCCCCAUACAAUUCAAACAAAACGUUAGAUUUUGAAGAAAUGAGUUUGUCGGGAUCUAUAAGGGAGAGAGAUUUACACAUGACUCAUCUAAACACUCCUAUGAGUGCAAUGAGCGUUAAUAGUUAUGAUAUUGGCAUUGGUGGAGAUCCAGAAAGAACUUAUAAAAUUGUUUUUGCUGGAGACGCCGCCGUAGGAAAAACUUGUUUUAUUCAUCGCUUUUGUAAAGGAAUCUUUGCCACAAAACUUGGAUCCACUUUGGGAGUUGAUUUCCAAGUUAAAACAGUCAGAGUUGACGACAGAAUAAUCGCCUUACAAUUAUGGGACACAGCAGGACAAGAGAGGUUUCGUUCAAUAACUAAGGCUUAUUUUAGAAGAGCAGACGGCAUCGUUCUAAUGUAUGACGUGACUAAUGAAAGAACUUUUCUUAACAUCCGUCAGUGGAUCAUAUCCAUCAUGGAAGUAUCCGACAAAGAAAUACCAGUGUGUAUUUGCGGAAACAAAGUAGACUUAAGAUCUGAUGCAGAAUCACAAGGGAUAACGUGUGUGUCAACAGAAUGUGGAGCACUUUUAGCAAAAGAAAAUAAUGCUCUGUUUUUUGAAACCAGCUCUAAACUGGGUACAAAUAUAAAUACUGCCUUAGUAAUGUUGUCUAGAGAAAUGUUGAUUAAGGAAGAUGUAGAUAUUCAAACUUCUUCGAUGAUCUUAGUGGAGCAAAAUCAUAAAAUCAAUAAAGCAUGUUGUUAAUACAACAUUAGGAAGUUUUAAUUUAUUCUUAGAAUGUUUAAAAAUUACAUUUUUAUUAUAUACAGACUAUAGAACUUACUAAAUUCGAAAUUCUAUUUUAUUGUUAAAUAACAAUAAAAAAUAAUAUUAUAUUUUCUAUAUUUUAUUUG